AGUCGACACGUAGUUAAGAGGAAAUAAUGGCAGAAGUUGCUCCAGCUCCCGCUCCAGCCGCCGCGCCGGCUAAAGCAGCAAAGAAGAAGGUGUCCAAGCCGAAGAAGGCCGGCCCCAGCGUUGGCGAGCUGAUCGUUAAAACCGUGGCCGCAUCCAAAGAGCGCAGCGGUGUCUCAGCUGCCGCUCUCAAGAAGGCUCUGGCUGCCGGAGGCUACGAUGUGGAGAAGAACAAGGCCCGCGUUAAGACCGCCAUCAAGGCCCUGGUGGCUAAGGGCACUCUGGUCCAGACCAAGGGCACCGGCGCCUCCGGCUCCUUCAAGAUGAACAAGAAGGCUGAACCCAAGGUUAAGAAGCCGGUCAAGAAAGCCGCUCCUAAAGCCAAGAAGCCCGCCGCUAAGAAGCCCACAGCGGCCAAAAAGACCAAGAAAGCGGCAGCCAAGAAGCCAGCAGCUGCUAAGAAAUCUCCCAAGAAGGUUAAGAAACCUGCCGCUGCUAAGAAAGUAGCCAAAAGCCCUAAGAAGGCUGCUAAGAGCCCCAAGAAGGUGGUCAAGAAGGCCCCUGCAGCCAAGAAAGCCCCCGCCAAGAAGGCAGCCAAACCCAAAGCUAAGAAGGCCGCAGCUCCCAAGAAGAAAUGCUCCUGCAGGACUUCUCAUGCUUGUAGACUCAACCUCUCUGAUCUCCUGCACCUGAUUGACUGUGCAUUUUCUCUGAAGAAGAUUUGAACACUUACAAUUUUUGGAGAAGACAAAAGCUUAAGAGAGAAAAGAUUAAGGUGUGGGGACUCAGCCGGACCUGGACCCAGCUUCAACUGGCCCUUGACUGGGUCUAUUGCCUGGCCUGAAAAAUCCACAUCAGUGUGUGUGUGUGUUAAAAUGAAUGUAAACAGUACCUACAGCCAUCCCAACUUUAGUGAUGACUUGUAGUAAACUCAAAACAGCUGGGAGGAUGUUCAGGUUCAGACUGUCUGAAGUAUUGGACAGAGACAAUACACAUAAUAACAACAGACAACUUCUUUUAUUACAACA